GCCUUGUGAAAGUCGGAGCAGCUUGUCGAAACUUGCCAAAUCAGAGCAGCAGCCGCUUUUGCUCUCGUCUCCCUCGUCUCUCCCGCGCGAUUCCACUCUCAUGGUCAACCGUGCGCAGGCAUACAUAUGGGGGGACUGGGGAGGAGGGGUCUCCAUGUUCCUCCUCCAUUCGCGAUUAUAUAUUAAACAAAAAAUUAAGCAGCAGCAGCAGCGGCGGCGGCGGCGGCGGCUAUUAAUCCUUCCAAGCUCCCUCCCUCGUAGCCCCAAGUGGCCAGCUAAUUUUAGCCCACCGUCCGUAGUCGAGGCUCUCCAAGGCAACGGACACACAGAGGACCAGGAAGGAGAAGAAGGGGGCCGGCAGGCUGCAGCAACAAGAAGGGCGCUUUCCAAAAUCCAAAUCCACGGCUAGCUUUUACGCUUACGCAAAGAUCAGAGGCCAGAGGGGGAUUGAUUGAUCGGGGCAAGGGAGCGUCUGUUGCAAGGACGCACGCAGGAGAUUGAUUAGAGGGAGAAGAAACCACACAAGAGAGAGUGCUCAAUCAUAUCGCCGGAGGGAGGAGAUGAAGUCGCCGUUGCGGAGGCUCAGGGGCUUCGGCCACCACCACCCCAAGGAGCGGAGGGGCCACGAGCCGCCGCCGGCCAAGCUCGACGAGCUCGUCUGCGCCGCCCAUGUUCGUACCUUUCAUCCCCACUACCCUAUUUGUUUUCCCCCCCCUACUAUUGGAAUUUCUUGGCGAAUUUGGAUUUUGGGAGGCGUCGUCCGCCUGUGAGAUGUCGCGGUUUCCACGGCCUACUUUUUUUUUAGAUUUUAUUAGGUGGAUUGUUUUGGAUUUUUGAUUGAUGAUUGGUUUGCUGGGAAUGAUCAAACUGUCUAGUUUUUUCGUCAUUCAGCGCGACAGGACGGAUGAGAUCAAUCAAACUUUUUUUAUUUUAUUUUUCGGUUAAUUAUAUUAUCGCCAAACACUAGCGGCUCAUGUGUCAUCACCAUGCAUGAUGCAUCCGCGACCCAUUUGCAUUAUUCCUUCGAAAAUUUACUUCUUCGUUGCAGGACAGACUAUGUGGGGGCCUUAAUUCUUUUCUAUCUUGACCAGGAAUAAAUUAUUUACAGUUUUAGGAUCACUGGCUAUCAUUGGGACAACAUUAUCAUGCCUAAAUUUAUAGUAUUUCUCUUUAAUUCAGCAAGUGUUAUUAUUAUUUUUUCUUUGAAACGGAGUGUUAUUAAUUUUUUUUUCAAGUCAAAGUAUCUUUUGGGUAAGGUAGUUGUUAGGUUCUAAUCCAUGUAAAAGACUUGAAACCUCCUUUGCGUGUCUGCUGGGGAUCACCUUGGCGUUUUGGGGCUUGGUUCUUGCUGUUGCUGGUCAAAGUCUUCACGAGGAAACGUCCAUCAGAGAAAGUUGCUAUAAAAAAUGCCAGCCAUCCAACGUGAUCUUGACCGGAGAGGACACGUUAUCGAUGGAGACGUGACGAUAUAGCCUCUCAUGUUACUUGGAUAUUAUCAACAAAGGGUCUUUCCGUCGUAUGAAGGCUUGCUUUGCAACACGACGUAUUCGUUCCAGAUGCCGCGUAAUCGACGCUAAGCUCUUUGGACUUCUGACCAUAAGCUUCUGACCAUAACGAUGCAAUAUAUAAGAAACUAUUAAAGCGUACGUGUUUCUGAAGCAGACAUUCUGAUAGUACAAUUUUUGCAGUAAAUGUUAGGCUAUGUUUUCAGCAACGCAAAGCAUGGCAGAACAUAAAUAUAUAAUUAAUAACGGUGGAAAAGAAGCUUGAAAUUUCUUGUUGGCGCAACAGCUGCAGCAUUUUCCAUGAUGCAGGAUUUCAUCAAGUACUUGUUUAGUGACAAACUGACAAUGGCGAUGGCGUCACGUGCUUUGCUCACUCAUAUAGGAUGGAGACUGAUGUUUACCAAAUCUUACAUUCUGAACGUAUCACUCUUAAGGGAAUGGGAUCAUGUGCAGUUUGUUGCUAGCACACAGUUAAAAUGUAAAAGGAGACCAAGAGGUGAACAAUCAUCCGCUUGUGGGUUGUGCGUUAUUGACUCUGAAGUAGUGUUCUCAACUUCUCUGCAGGAGGUGGAAGACAUGAGAAACUGCUAUGAUGGCUUGAUUUCAGCUGCAGCCGCUACAACAAAUAGUGUAUAUGAGUUUUCUGAGGCUCUUGAGGAACUGGGUGGUUGCUUUCUCGCAAAAACUGCACUCAAUGGUGAUGAUGAUGAUAGUGGUAGAGUGCUGAUGAUGCUGGGAAAGGUCCAAUUUGAAUUACUAAAGUUUGUUGAUACUUAUCGCUCAAAUAUCAUUUAUACUAUCACAACCCCAUCAGAGUCUCUUCUCAAGGAGCUACAGACUGUAGAGGAAAUGAAGCAGCAAUGCGACAUGAAAAGAGAAGCAUAUGAAGCUAUGAGGGCAUCCUAUACAGAAAAGGGAAGGUCAAGGCAUUCCAAAGCUGAAACAUACUCUGCAGAACAACUGCAAAGUGCUCUCGCUGAGUACCAAGAAGAUGCAGCACUGUUCAUAUUUCGCUUAAAAUCAUUGAGGCAAGGGCAAUUCCAUAGCCUUUUAACGCAGGCUUCUCGACAUCAUGCUGCUCAGUUAAGCUUUUUCAGGAGAGGGUUGAAGUGUCUUGAGGCACUCGAACCUCAUGUAAAAGCAAUAGCUGAGAAGCAGCACAUUGACUACCAGUUUAGUGGUCUUGAGGAUGAUGCAUCUGACAACGAUGAUUACAGCUCUGACCAGGAUGAUUGCAGUGAUGAUGGAGAGCUUAGUUUCGACUAUGAAAUAAAUGACAAGGAUCAAGAUUUUCUUGCUUCAAGAGGUUCAAUGGAUUUAGAUAAAAGAGAUGUGACGAAUUCCCCGCAGCCAGUAAAAGAAAGCAUGCAGGAAGAGGUCAAACAAACCAAGCGAAAUGUUAUGACUCCACGAGUGAAGCCAGAGUUUAAUACACACUCAGCACCUAUUCUGGCAGGCAAUUUACCGGAUCCAGCUGAGAUAUUUUGGCAAAUGAAGCCAUCUUCAGCCAAACAUUCGUACAAACUUCCAAUGCCAGUUGAUGACAAGGAUCCCAGAUCAGUAGGUGCUCACCGUUCACAUCAUUCACAGCAGUUGGAAAGUAAACCUCGUGUCUCGGCGAAUCCGUGGCAUUCAUCUCCACUGAUGAAAGAUUUUAGGCCAGGUGGCCAUUUGAAAAUGCCAUCAAGUACGGAGAGGAUAUCAACGUUCUCCCAGUCGGUUUCUGAUUACAAGAAGAUGAAGAGGGAAUCUUGGUCUGGUCCAAUACCAAGCAGACCAGGGUUAAGCAAGCCAUCUUCUCUGAACGAUCAUAGAUCACCCAUGGCACAACAUCUUGUGAUGCCAGGAAAUUUGCAAUGCCACUCCCAGCAGCUGUCAUCUUUGUCCCCAAAAGUUUCCCCCAACAUGUUGCCACAUCCAACAAAAUCACCAAAGAUCAGUGAGCUGCAUGAGCUGCCUAGGCCUCCAGCCAAUGUGGAGUCCCUCAGGCCUUCUGGUUUGGUCGGUUACUCUGGUCCUCUGGUAUCGAAGCGUCAGACUCAAAUCCCUGCAGCAACAGCCCGUGUGUCGCCGAUGGCAUCACAAACCCCCUCACCACUUCCGCUACCACCUGCUACCCUCACUCGCAGCUACUCCAUACCCUCAAAUAGCCAGAGGAUACCAAUCAUCACUGUGGACAGAUUGUUGGAGGCUAGAAAUAGCAGGGACGGCAGUGAUAUUUCUUCCCCGCCGCUUACUCCGCUGUCACUGACUGAUCUGUCCCAGCAGCAAGGAACAAAAACAACUACAAGUCGCACAAGGAUGAAUGGAGCCUUAUGACACACACCAACCAAAUCCAUACUGAUCUUAGUUGAUUUUGUAAGUAGUGAUGUAUUGUAGGUUCAUAUUCAUUAUAUUCUUUCAUUCAUUGUCUGUGUUGCAAAGGAAAAGGACGGAAAAAGUAAUAUAUACUGGUUACAUAAUGCAAGAACAUCGAACCUCCGGUUCAGUUUUC